AUGAAGUUACUAUUACCAUUAGUGUGUUUGAUAUCUUUCGUUGCAGCUGAAACCCACACUUGGUGGUAUCAAACUGGUUGGGUUGAUGCAAACCCUGAUGGGACUUACGAGAGGAAAAUGAUUGGAUGGAAUGGUACUUGGCCAUUACCAACUUUAAGAGUUAAAAAAGGUGACAGAAUUCAAUUGUACUUGAUUAACGGAUUUGACGAUAGAAACACCACUUUACAUUUCCAUGGUUUAUUUCAGCAUGGUACCAAUCAAAUGGAUGGUCCAGAAAUGAUUACUCAAUGUCCUAUUCCACCGGGUGAAACUUUCUUGUAUAAUUUCACAAUAGAUGACCAAGUUGGUACUUAUUGGUACCACUCCCAUACCUCUGGUCAAUACGGUGAUGGUAUGAGAGGUGUUUUCAUUAUUGAAGAUGACGAUUUCCCAUACGACUAUGAUGAAGAAGUUGUUUUAUCAUUAUCUGAACACUACCAUGAAACUAGUGAUGAAUUGAUGCCUGGUUUUAUGAGUAGAUUUAACCCAACCGGUGCUGAACCAAUUCCACAAAACUUUUUGUUUAACGAAUCAAGAAAUGUUACUUGGAAAGUUGAACCAAAUAAAACUUAUCUUUUGAGAAUUGCCAAUGUUGGAAGAUUUGUAACUCAAUAUCUUUGGAUGGAGGAUCAUGAAUUUACUGUUGUUGAAGUUGAUGGUGUUUAUGUUCAACCUAAUACUACCAAUAUGCUUUAUAUUACUAUUGCCCAAAGAUAUGGUGUUUUAAUUACCACCAAGAAUUCUACGGAUAAAAACUAUGCUUUCAUGAAUAAAGUAGAUGAUACUAUGUUGGAUGUUGUUCCUGGGGAUUUGCAAUUGAAUGGUACAAAUUAUAUUGUGUACAAUGAAGAUGCAGAUAUGCCUGAUGAAUACUUUGUUGAUUCAAUCGAUGACUAUUUGGAUGAUUUCUACUUAAGACCAUUAAGCAACACUACAUUAUUUGACGAUGCUGACUAUACCAUCACCGUUGACGUUCAAAUGGAUAACUUAGGUGAUGGUAUUAAUUAUGCCUUUUUCAACAAUAUUAGUUUUACUACUCCAAAAGUUCCUCCUUUAUUAACAGUUUUAUCAUCUGGUAACGAAAGUUCCAACGAGUUGAUUUAUGGUACCAACACUAACUCCUUUGUUUUACAAGGUGGAGAAACUGUGGAUAUUGUCUUGAAUAAUUUAGAUACCGGUCAUCACCCAUUCCACUUACACGGUCACGUGUUCCAAUUAAUUGAAAGAGGAGCUUCAAGAGAUGAUGAUCAAGAUCCAGUAGCUUUUAAUGCUUCAGAUCAUGCCGAAUGGCCGGAAUAUCCAAUGAUGAGGGAUACCGUUUAUGUUAAUCCACAAUCCUAUUUCGUUAUUAGAUUCAAAGCUGAUAAUCCUGGUGUAUGGUACUUCCACUGUCAUAUUGAAUGGCAUUUAGAUCAAGGUUUGGCUAUUGUUUUGAUUGAAGAUCCUGAAGGUAUCCAGAACAAUUCCUCUCAACAACUUACUGAUAAUCAUAAAGAAAUUUGUGAGAAAGUUGGUGUUCCAUGGAAAGGCAAUGCUGCUGCAAAUUCAGAAAACUUCUUAGAUUUGACUGGACAAAAUCUUCAACACAAAAGAUUGCCAACUGGUUUUACUGCCAAAGGUAUUGUGGCUUUGGUCUUCUCAUGUAUUGCAGCACUCUUGGGUUUGGCUGCUAUUUCUUACUAUGGUAUGACUGAUAUCAAGAACGUUGAACAAAGAGUUGCCAGAGAUUUGGAUGUUGAUCUUGACGAUGAUGACGAAACUGGUGAAGUUGAAGAGGUUAAUGAAGGUACAUCUUCACAGGAUGGAAACUCAAGUGGUAUAAAACAGCAUUAA